GUGAAAAACCCGCCCGCAGUGAAACCGACUGUUGAACUCCUCGCUUAUAACGGGCGUAAUCUCGAGAACUAGGCAAGUCGGUAUUGUCCUAACGAAAUCACAUCGAGUAAUUAUACAUGUUGGAUGCAAAACAAGCAAAACAAGAAAACGUCAUUAGGUCAAGAAGAAAGCGCCGGAAGGACAACCCCACGUCCGAGCUUUUCUGUCCAUCGCGAGGCAAGACUGGUGGUAUCCGUACCUUUGCCGACAUCAUCCUGCUGCACCCAAAGCUUGUUUUUCUUCUUUUCUUUCCACAACACCCACCACGCCCACGCCCCCGCUCCGAUUCGAUCGAGUAUUUCCAUUGUUAGACCUGUCGCCGCACUGCCCGUCUUCGGUACACAAUCCUCCAGGGAACAAAUCAAUCGAGCAGACCGCGCCCUCCUUACCAUUGCCUCCCCGAUCUUGACAACCACCUACCGCCGCCAUGCGUUUCGGAAAGACGCUGCGGCAGGCCGUCUACGCACCGUGGAAGGACAAGUACAUCGACUACGCGAAGCUCAAGUCCCUGCUGCGGGAGGACAAGUACGAUGAUGACGACGUCGCUUGGACCGAGGACGACGAGAGCCGCUUCUGCGACGAGAUCUUCAACGGCCAGCUCGAGAAAGUCGCCAAGUUUCAGGAGGAGACCUUCGAGGCCUUGAAGCGCCGUAUCGACGCGGCGUUUGAGAAGCUCAAGGAGCUGGCGCCGCCGCCCAGCGAUGAGGAUGGCGCGGAGAACGCCCAAAUCAAGAAGCCUGACGCUGCAACCGCUGCAAAACUGAAGGACAUCGAGACGGAGCUCGAUAAGAUCACGACCGAGAUCUCGGAGCUGAAGAAGUACAGCAACAUCAACUACACGGGGUUUCUCAAGAUCGUCAAGAAGCACGACCGCAAGAGGGGUGAUAGGUACAAGGUGCGGCCCAUGAUGCAGCUGAGCCUGUCGCAGCGGCCCUUCAAUUCGGAGCAGGGUUACUCGCCCCUGCUCAACAAGCUGUCCAUCAUGUACUACGCCAUUCGGCAGCAGCUGGACGACGGCGCCACCGACCAGCAGCCGCUGGAUCUGGAGAGCCAGGGCGAGACGCGCCACGGCGAGCGGUACACAGCUCACAAGUUCUGGGUCCACCCCGACAACCUGCUGGAGGUGAAGACGUACAUCAUGAGACAGCUCCCGGCCCUUGUGUACAGCGAACAGUCGGCCAAGGAACUAGACGGUAGCAACGACCCGACCAUCACCUCGCUUUACUUCGACAGCCCCAAGUUCGACCUCUACAGCAAGAAGGUGGAGCGCAAAUCGGAGGCCUCGUCGCUGCGCGUCCGGUGGUACGGCCAGCUGAGUUCGAAACCCGAGCUGUACUUCGAACAGAAGAUCGUUGGCGAGAACGGAUCGAGCGAGGAGCGCAAGUUCGCCAUCAAGGACAAGUACAUCAAGCCCUUCAUCGACGGCACUUAUAAGAUGGAGAAGACGGUGCAGAAGAUGGAGCGCCAGGGUCAGCAGGCCGAAGAUAUCGAGAACUUCAAGAACACGGUCGAAUCGCUGCAGGGCUUCGUCCAGGAGAACAAGCUGGAGCCCGUCCUACGCGCCAACUACGUCCGUACGGCGUUCCAGAAGCCCGCCGACGACCGCGUGCGCAUCUCCAUCGACACCGAGGUCGCCUUCAUCCGCGAAGACACGUUGGACAAGGGCAGGCCAUGCCGCGACCCAGCGGACUGGCAUCGUUUCGACAUCGACGGCCGGAAUCUGACCUACCCGUUCAAGGACAUUAACCAGAGCGAGGUCUCGAGGUUCCCGUACGCGAUCCUCGAGAUCAAGCUGAAGGAGGAUCCCAGCCGCAAGCGCCCCGAGUGGAUUUCGGACCUGAUGGGAUCUCACCUGGUGCACCCAGCGCCCCGCUUCUCCAAAUUCGUACACGGCGUCGCCUCGCUAUUCGAAGACUACGUCAACAACCUGCCCUUCUGGCUGACCGACCUGGAGGCGGACAUCCGCAAGGACCCCCAAGAGGCGUUCGAGGCCGAGGAGCAGCGCAAGGCUCAGAGAGCCGAGGACGAGCAGGCCGUGGGCAGCUUUCUGGGCAACAAGAUCAGCUCCUACAAGGUGUCCAAGAGCUCGCCGGCCGGCAAAUCGUAUCUCGCGGAUAGGAUGGCCGCCGAGCCCAGCUCCCGCCCGAAACCCUCCGACCGCCAGUCCCAGCAGAACGGCAACGGGUCCUCGGAUCAGCAGCAGAGGAGCUACGGCACCCUUUCGUCCGUCCUCCCGGGCUUCUCGCUGUCCAAAUACUCCAAGGCCAAGAGGGCGCAGAAAAGCCAGCAGCAGCUGCCCGAGGGCGUCGUCGAACCGACCGAAUGGAUCAAGAACUCGGGCGAGCUGAAGAUCGAGCCCAAGGUGUGGCUGGCCAACGAGCGCACGUUCCUCAAGUGGCAGCAUAUCUGCAUCCUGCUCGGCGCGCUCGCCGUGUCGCUGUACACGGCCGCCGGGGAGAACUUCCUGGCCGAGGUCAUGGGCAUCGUGUACAUCGUCAUCGCCGUGUUUGCUGGAGUUUGGGGCUACGGCAUGAUGCGCCUGCGGAGGAAGAUGAUUAUCGCCCGCAGCGGCAAGGAUUUCGACAACCUCAUUGGUCCGCUGAUCAUCAGCAUCGCGUUGAUGGUUGCGCUGGUGUUGAACUUCGUGUUCGCCUACCGCGCCGCCGUCGGAAAGAUGGAGUCCAACGACGUGCUUGGCGGUGGUAAUGUCACUGGCGAGCCGUUCCGUCAGGAACUGAUCUAACAGCAAAGGUGCCGAAAUAUCGGUCGAGGUGAGCCAGAGCAAGCGCUGGCGAAGUGUUUCCUUUGUAUAGGUGUAUUAUUGAGCAUGGGCUUGGCUUGGUGUGCUGCGUUGGACCCGGUUCUUGCCCUCCUUUUGGUAUUGAAUGCGAUGCCUGCUUGGAGUAGAGGCGUUGCCGUGUAUAAGUGUAGUCAUAGCGUGAGAAGGAGUAGUGGUAUCAAAAGUUGCGUGAGAAGCAGAGGCGACAUGUCGAUUGCGUAUGCCCUCCGACGUCCCGUGGCGGUCGACGAGCUUUCCCCUGCGGCCCGGGACCAGUUGAACGACGAGCAGAAGCUCGCAAAGUCUUGCCUUGCCC